CUCACUCCAUUUUCUACAAUCAACUCAACUCAACCCAACAUGAAGAAGAUGGAACUUCCCUUCUUUUUUCUUGUUCUCAUUUUGCUACUUGAAAUAACAUUUUCUGUUGAGUCUCAAAAUCCAGCACUCUUGAAGUAUGUGCUUGAAUGGCCACCUACUUUCUGUAUUCAAUUGAAUCACGAAAAAGAAGGUUGGUGCAAAGUACCAAUUCCUUAUCAUCAAUUCACACUGCAUGGCCUUAUGCCAGCAGAUGAAGAAGGAUUUAGCAUUAAAUAUUGCUCGAACACAGAGCCAAAUUGGAAUGCGCUGUUUGAAUCAACCAGAGAUGAACUCGUAACAUUCUGGCCAUCGCUUAGAGAAGAUUUUAAUGAGACGGAGUUCUGGAAGCGCCAGUGGCGAGCCCAUGGAUCGUGUGCAGGAACAACACCUGAAGAGUACUUCCACAAAGCAAUACAUAUCAAUCACUUGCCUGAACAUGGCAACUUGUUCAAUUACUUGAUAAAAAGAGGGAUUUUUCCAAGUGAUCAUAGGGCUUAUCGAAAAGAAGAUAUUGUUAAGGCUAUCCAAAGUGUCUUUGAUGAAUUUCCUUCUCUAAUUCGUCAACGUUCUCCCCCUCGUCCUUCUUCUGGAUCACCAUCGCGUAAUAUUUAUCUCUCUUGUGUUCCAACAAAUCAUGGUUACAUAUUGAGUGAGGUUACCUUGUGCACUAAUCUAGAGGGCACUGAAUACAUUUCAUGUCCAUUAGAAGCUGAUCCAGCAAGUUGCCCUGAUGAAAUUAUGCUCCCUCUUCCAAAUGAUCAAAUACGGUAACGAUUUUCAUUAACC